AACCAGUGCGUGCCAGCUCCUCUUCUCCUUCCUCGACACCCUAAUCCUCCAAGCCAUGGCGAUGGUGUCCUCCAAGCCCCUGGCCCUGCUGCUGCUCGUGGCUCUGUCCGCGGCAACGCCCAUGCCGGCCGUCGGCGAAGGCUCCUGCAACGGCCACAAGGUGACGGUGCAGAACCUGUGCGGCCACGACCUGACCCUGGGCAUCGAGGCGCGCUCCAACAGCAAGGAGCUCUUCCCCAACGGCUGGCUGCUCCCCAGCGGGAAGCACGAGUCGUUCGACGUGUGCGCGUGGACGGGGAGCGUCUCGGCGCAGGGCGCCGCCGUGGCCAAGUUCCACAUAGACCACGAGGGCGGGGCGUACUACGAGGUGAGCACCGACCAGGCGAGCAUGUCUGUCCGCGUCUCCGUCACCCCGCACGGCAGCCCGCUGCAGGGCCACUGCCCCACCGCCGGGUGCGACACCGGCAACCACUGCUUCGAGCACUCCGUCCCCGGCGGCAACUGCCACGGCGUCACCGAGAUCAAGAUCGUCUACUACAACCCAUAGGUCCAUCAACCGCCUACGAACCUAGCUGCUUGCUGCACUUACUAGCUACUACUCGUCGGUGGCGUUGCAGCUGCAGCUAUUGCCGGUUAAUCUUAUUGUGUGUUCCGUUCCGACAAGGUUGUACCGUCGUCAGUCAUGUACUAUCGGAUUUGCAGUUUAACUACUACUGUAUUUUGUGGUACUAGAGUGUAUCACAUGAUUAAUCAGAGGGAAAACCUCUCUUUUUUAUAAAGAAAAUCGAAGUAUAUGUAA